AGUCACCACCUUAUGAUUGCCGCCCAAGCGAUCCCCAGAGUACAUGCCGCAACAAUGGCGCCGUAUCCACCACGAGCCCUUCUCCCCCUACUCCUCCUGGUCGCCGCAGCCCACGCCGGCAACCCUUCCCACUCCGAGUGCCCAAGAGACGUGAACCACACGCGCGGGCGCGGCGGCGUCUUCCAGGCCAACCUCGACUCCCUCCUCUCCUCCCUCCCCGCCGCCGCCGCCGGCGCGGCGUCAGGAUUCGCGACGAACGCCACCGGCGCGGCGCCCGACAGGGCGUACGGGCUCGCGCAGUGCCGCGCCGACGUCACCGCGUCCGACUGCCUCGCGUGCCUCAACGCCUCGGCGCGGGACAUGGCCGGCAAGUGCCCUGGCCGGAGAAACUACAUGCUGGUCCACGACACCUGCCUGCUGCGGCACGCCAGCGCGAGCUUCUUCGGCGCCGCCGACACAUCGCGGGUCAAGUACCGGCGGAAUCCGCAGAACGCGACGCAGCCGGAGCGGUUCGCGUCGCUGCUGGCCCCGCUGAUGGGCAGCCUCGCCGAGAGGGCGGCGUACGCGUCUCCGCGGAUGUUCGCCGUCGGCACGGCCGACGUGACGUCCUCCGACAGGAUCUACGGCAUGGCGCAGUGCACGCGGGACCUCGGUAAGGACGACUGCCACAGCUGCCUCGUCACUGCCGUCUCAAGGAUCCCCACCUGCUGCGCCGGGAGGCGGGGUGGCCAGGUCAUCUUCCGGACCUGCUCCGUCCGGUUCGAGGUCUACCCUUUCUUCAGCACCCCCUCUGAGGCGGCCAUGUUGCGGACGCCGCCGCCGCAGCCAGCAGGUCAAAUCAUGACGGUAAUUCUAAGAUCAGCUUAUCAAACGGGUUGUGCGUCUAUAAAAAAGCGUCUGACGCCUGCCAUUUAGAUGGAAAGUGCCACUGUUGCGACGUGACAGAUUUGUGCUAUCUCACAGUCGCUCUGUGCAAGAAAUAUUGUGAAGGUUCUCCACACUAGUGGCAAUGCAUGGCAGCCGAUUGAACUUUUGUUCCAACUAAAAAUGUGCUAUGUGUGGGAGGACAUAUUUUGAAAUAAAAGGCAGUAUCUCAGUUCUCGUGUGU